UCCAGGGCUCCGAGAGGAGAGCGACAGCCCAGAGCGAGAGCUAGAGAGAGUGUGUGAGGGGGUAGAGAGAGAGCCAGUGUGAACGCAGGGGGUUGCCAGUUUUUAAUCCCAAUCCCACACUUCAGGAAAGUGCCUCUCCGUUUCAGCAAGGAUGGAGUGCGCACACAUGAAAGAGGGCCCGGACGUUCUGUCCUACUUUGGCGUCACUGAAGAAACCGGCCUCUCGCCUGAGCAGGUCAAGAAGAACCUGGACAAGUAUGGCUUCAACGAGCUGCCAGCAGAGGAGGGAAAGACUAUCUGGGAGCUGGUGGUGGAACAGUUUGAGGACCUGUUGGUCAGAAUCUUACUGCUGGCCGCCUGCAUCUCUUUUGUGCUGGCUUGGUUUGAGGAAGGUGAGGAGACUGUCACUGCUUUUGUUGAGCCCUUCGUCAUCCUCCUCAUCCUCAUUGCAAAUGCUGUUGUUGGAGUGUGGCAGGAGCGCAACGCAGAGAGUGCCAUUGAGGCUCUGAAGGAGUACGAGCCUGAGAUGGGCAAAGUUUACCGCGCAGACAGGAAGAGUGUGCAGAGAAUCAAGGCCAGGGAGAUUGUUCCUGGUGAUGUGGUGGAGGUUUCUGUUGGUGACAAAGUGCCUGCUGACAUCAGGAUCAUCUCCAUCAAAUCUACAACCCUGCGUGUGGACCAGUCCAUUCUUACUGGAGAGUCUGUCAGUGUGAUUAAACAUACCGAUGCCGUCCCAGACCCCCGAGCCGUCAACCAGGACAAGAAGAACAUGCUGUUCUCCGGUACCAACAUCGCUGCAGGAAAAGCCACUGGCAUUGUUAUUGCAACUGGUGUGUCCACUGAGAUCGGUAAAAUCCGUGACCAGAUGGCUGCUACUGAGCAGGAGAAGACCCCUCUGCAGCAGAAACUGGACGAGUUUGGAGAGCAGCUGUCCAAGGUCAUCUCCCUCAUCUGUGUGGCUGUGUGGAUAAUCAACAUUGGCCAUUUUAAUGACCCCGUCCACGGAGGCUCCUGGUUCCGCGGUGCUAUCUACUAUUUCAAGAUUGCUGUGGCUCUGGCUGUGGCUGCCAUCCCUGAAGGUCUGCCCGCUGUCAUCACCACCUGCCUGGCUCUGGGAACGCGCCGCAUGGCCAAGAAGAAUGCUAUCGUCAGAAGCCUGCCCUCUGUGGAGACCCUGGGCUGCACAUCAGUCAUCUGCUCCGACAAGACUGGUACCCUUACCACCAACCAGAUGUGUGUAACUAAGAUGUUCAUCAUCGAUAAAGUCGAUGGUGACAAUGUUUCCCUCGGUCAGUUUGAUAUAUCGGGCUCAAAGUACACCCCUGAGGGAGAAGUUACAAAGAAUGGCAUGUCUGUGAAGUGCGGCCAGUUUGACGGACUGGUUGAACUGGCCACCAUUUGCGCUCUGUGUAAUGACUCUUCUCUGGACUACAACGAGUCCAAGGGCAUUUAUGAGAAAGUGGGUGAGGCCACUGAAACAGCACUGUGCUGUUUGGUGGAGAAGAUGAACGUGUUCAACACUGAAGUGCGCGGCCUGUCCAAGGUGGAACGGGCAAACGCUUGCUGUUCUGUGAUCAAGCAGCUGAUGAAGAAGGAGUUCACCCUGGAGUUCUCCAGAGACAGAAAGUCAAUGUCAGUCUACUGCUCUCCUGCCAAGUCUGCCAAGGCCCCUGUAGGAAACAAGAUGUUUGUCAAAGGUGCUCCAGAGGGUGUCAUUGACCGUUGUGCGUACGUUCGUGUGGGCACCACCCGUGUGCCCUUGACUGGCCCAGUCAAAGACCACAUUAUGUCAGUCAUCAAGGAGUGGGGCACCGGGCGCGAUACCCUCCGCUGUCUGGCUCUGGCCACCCGUGACACACCGAUGAAGAAGGAGGAGAUGAACCUGGAGGACUCCACCCAGUUUGCAGAUUAUGAGACUGACUUGACCUUCGUGGGCUGUGUUGGCAUGCUCGACCCGCCUCGUAAGGAAGUUAUGAGCUCCAUCGAGCUGUGCAGGGCUGCUGGCAUCCGUGUCAUCAUGAUCACUGGUGACAACAAAGGCACAGCUGUGGCCAUCUGCCGUCGUAUUGGCAUCUUUAGUGAGGAUGAGGAUGUCACUGACAAGGCCUUCACUGGCCGUGAGUUUGAUGACCUACCUCCAUACGAACAGAAAGUCGCUGUCCGAAAAGCUUGCUGCUUCGCCAGAGUGGAACCGUCCCACAAGUCUAAGAUCGUUGAGUUCCUGCAAGGCUUUGAUGAGAUUACUGCCAUGACUGGAGAUGGAGUGAACGAUGCCCCCGCCUUGAAAAAGGCGGAGAUUGGCAUCGCCAUGGGCUCUGGCACUGCCGUUGCCAAGUCUGCCUCUGAGAUGGUCCUGGCUGACGACAACUUCUCCUCCAUUGUGUCUGCUGUUGAGGAAGGCAGAGCCAUUUACAACAACAUGAAGCAGUUCAUCCGCUACCUCAUCUCCUCCAACGUAGGCGAGGUCGUCUGUAUCUUCCUGACCGCUGCCCUGGGUCUGCCCGAGGCUCUGAUCCCCGUCCAGCUGCUGUGGGUCAACCUUGUGACUGACGGUCUGCCUGCCACAGCGCUGGGCUUCAACCCCCCUGACCUGGAUAUCAUGGGCAAAGCCCCCCGCUCCCCCAAAGAGCCCCUCAUCUCUGGUUGGCUCUUCUUCAGAUAUUUGGCCAUCGGAGGUUACGUUGGUGCCGCCACUGUUGCAGCAGCUGCCUGGUGGUUCCUGUACUGUGACGAUGGCCCAAUGAUCACCUUCCACCAGCUGUCACACUUCAUGCAGUGUAGCGAUGAAAACGAGGACUUUGCUGGCAUCCACUGCGAGGUGUUUGAGGCUGCUCCCCCAAUGACUAUGGCUCUGUCUGUGCUGGUCACCAUUGAGAUGUGCAACGCUCUGAACAGCUUGUCUGAGAACCAGUCCCUGGUGCGCAUGCCCCCCUGGAGCAACGGCUGGCUGGUGGCCGCCAUGAGCCUCUCCAUGUCCCUUCACUUCAUGAUCAUCUACGUCGACCCCUUGCCCAUGAUCUUCAAGCUCACACACUUGAAUGUGGAGCAGUGGAUGAUGGUGCUGAAGCUCUCCUUCCCAGUCAUCCUUAUCGAUGAGGUUCUCAAGUUUGUGGCUCGCACAUAUCUGGAGGUCUAAACCUGUUCCCCCCUCCUCCAUACUCCUGUAACAAAACAAGGAAAAGUCUAAAAGCAAAGUGUGACAGAGAGCGGCUGAAGCAAAAGAGAAGAGAGAGCUGACACACAGAGGAUGGAGAGAAAAAGGCUGAGCACUCCCACUGAAAGAGAGCCUGCCAACAGUCACUCGACGUGAUCAAAACAUCUAGUGGCAUGAAUAAAAAAGAAAAACACAUAAGCCAUCUGAAAAUACACCAAAAGAAAGCUGCAAAAUAUUUUUUUCUGUGUAUGUACUGAAGUUAAUAUAUAGGUAACAGUUAUUAAAACUAUUCUGUGUUGAUUCUAUUCUUAAAGAAUAAAGAUAUGUAUUAAAGAAAA